AUGAGCGAGCCGAACGUGGCUUCCAACAUCUCGUCCGAGUCAUCCAGUCUUCGACAUGCUGUGGAGGAAGAGGAGCCAAGCGUCAUUCCUUCCUUGAGUGGUCUAGAGACUGCCCCUCGCGACGUCGAGUGCCGCAUCUCUUCGAUUGAGCAGCGCAGUGGUUUCAAAGCGGCAUCGCAAAGCAGGAUCACCGCAAUGUUGCAGUUGCUUGUGGAAGAUCGACUGCUGGACACACUUGGUGCGGCUAGCCAGGCUGGCAGAAAGUUGCCACUGCCGAGCAAAGCGCGUACGACAUCGCUUCCCCUGGCGCCUUGUACCAGCAGCUCCCUCAUCACCGUGCGGGCCGAGCAAGGAAACCGGCUGCUGAUGGAAUCUCAGUCUGCUCCCGGGAAACCUGCGAAGCUUAUGCAGGUGCUGCCGGAAGGAGAACAGGCAGUCUUGCCCCGCCAAGCUGGAUCCGUGUCCGUGAGGCAGGUUGUUGCCGAGCAGGCGGCGGCACGGCUGCGAGCAUCGAGCCGUAUCUCCUUCGAAGUCGAUCUGCCACUGUUGCUCCAGGGCCCAGAAUCACGUUUUGGCAGCUGUUGCUUCAAGUUCUGGAGGGGCGUGCUGGCGGUCUGCGGAGUAGCCGCAAUGUGGGACUCUUCCCGAACAGACGCUGCACGGAGAUGCAGGCACUUUUUGCAUGUGGCCGUCACCGUCGUCCUUUCCAUGCUGGCAGUUUGGGUAGGACUUCUCCGCUUCGUCAGCCUCGUGCCCCAAGAAGCAGAACCCUGGCGUGAUCUCACAAGCAAGGCCACGUCCACAACAGACAUUGUUCUUGGACUUGCCGCUCCAAUGUGCCUGAGCUUCCUCGGAGGCGUGACGCCCGGCACGUAUGCACGGCGAACGGAUUACAUGCGGGAUUCUCUUCGAUAUUUGGGCAACCUGCUCAAAGACAACAACCUCAUCGAGGAGUGGCGAGACAUUCUUGGUAAAGACCUGAUGCGUCUCACCGUGGCCUGGUUCUCGAUCUGUACUUUGAGGGUUGCAUCAACGUUGCUGCUGCACGACCUCUCUGCAGCCUCGGUGUCCUGUAUGGUCGGCUUCGUCGUCUUCGCGUCCGUGCUCGCGGCAGUAGGCUUCGUCCUCAUAGCCACCUGGCGUGGGCUGGGCCUGCGAGUCCAGCGGUUCACCGACCCUUUCAGACAAAAGGAGGUGGACCUCGCUGUCGUGCAAGGCCAGUGGAGAGAGUUGGGCGCUUGCAUGCGCUCCAUGUCGCACGCUUUGCAAGUCUGCAUCGUGGUAUUGGCCCUGACUGUGGGCACAGGGUUGAUCGCAGUGGCGUUUGACGUGCUUAGAGACGGGUUCGCCUUGACCAUGCUCCCGGCUGUGCUCUUCUUUGCCUUGCUGACAGCAACUUUGCUCCCCGCGGCGCUUGCAAGCUCGGCGUGUGCUCGCUUUCCUUCCUUCGUAGCCAUCUAUGACCCCGGCCCGGAGAUGGCGGAGCAGUUCAUCCGAUUUGCAGACUUCGUUGCAAUGACCGAUUGCGGAUGCUUCCUCUGGGACACUAAGCUCACACUUGGGCUUCUUCAACGCGUGAUAUCCAUCACCAUAGCACUGGCUGCAGGCAUCUACCGCAGCGGGAUCCUGGCAAGCUAG